AUGUGCAAGAUACUUAAUGUAUUAACUUAUCAAGUUGAUUUUCAGGAAGACAAAGAUCUAUAUGUGCUCCAAAAGAACGAAUGGGAUCCCGCCAAUGAGUUGUUUAACAAACGUUUCGAUACGAACAUACAAGAAACUUCCAGUUUAUCACCACCCACCGUCUCGGAUGCGGAUAAAAUAAAAAUAUCCAAGUACUUCCUUCCACACAGUGAAGAUGCUCUAUAUGGAUUUGUCUUCACCGUCAACACCCUUAAGUCGAUAAUCCUUUCUUGUGCCGUGAUGGUGCAGCAUAUCAGCUCAGACAAAGCCGUAACACAAGCUCGUCUCGAAGAAGAGUUUCAACUGAAGUUCUGGGGACAGGUGGAAUGGGCUCACGACAUGAACCAACAAGAACUACAAGUUCGCUUGGCUGCAGCUAUCCUCUUUGUUCUCUUUAACCGGUCCGAACAAUUCACUAAGCUAAUUGUCUAG